GUGAGGAGAGCCCUGGGUCCAUACAUCACUGGAUGCGGCAGCGGCAUGUGGACGGCAGACACACCGGAGACGCGUGCGGCGGGUACUUUAUGCUGACCGGUCUGGGUUCUCAUAGGAGCGCAUGACCCGCCGUGAUGGCCGGGGGACGCAGAGGACUAGUGGCCCCACAAAACACUUUUCUGGAAAAUAUUGUCCGACGGUCUAACGUUUGGACAUUAUCACAUAGACACACAGACACAAACUUUGUGUUGGGAAAUGCCCAGAUCGUAGACUGGCCCAUCGUUUACAGUAAUGAUGGCUUUUGUAAGCUGUCCGGCUACCACCGUGCUGAGGUCAUGCAGAAAAGCAGCACAUGCAGCUUCAUGUAUGGAGAGCUCACAGAUAAGGACACAUGUGAAAAAGUUCGGCUGACUUUCGAGAACUAUGAGAUGAAUUCGUUUGAGAUCUUGAUGUACAAGAAAAACAGAAUGCCGGUUUGGUUUUUUGUGAAAAUAGCACCUAUACGAAAUGAACAGGAGAAGGUUGUGCUCUUCCUGUGUACGUUUAGUGACAUAACAGCAUUCAAGCAACCAAUUGAAGAUGACUCCUCCAAAGGAUGGGGGAAGUUUGCUCGUCUGACUAGGGCUCUGACCAGCAGUAGAGGGGUCCUGCAACAACUACAGCCCACCGUACAUAAAGGAGAGAAUGUACAUAAACACUCGCGCCUUGCAGAGGUUCUCCAGCUGGGCUCAGACAUCCUGCCCCAGUACAAACAAGAGACCCCCAAGACCCCUCCUCACAUCAUCCUGCACUACUGUGCCUUUAAGACCACAUGGGACUGGGUCAUCCUCAUUCUCACCUUCUACACCGCCAUCAUGGUCCCAUACAAUGUCUCGUUCAAAACCAAGCAGAACAACGUCACCUGGCUGGUUGUGGACAGCAUUGUGGAUGUGAUCUUUUUGGUAGAUAUUGUACUAAAUUUCCACACCACGUUCGUGGGCCCGGCUGGGGAAGUGAUAUCAGACCCAAAACUGAUUCGUAUGAAUUACUUGAAAACCUGGUUUGUGAUUGACCUGUUGUCCUGUCUGCCUUAUGAUGUCAUCAACGCCUUUGAGAACGUGGACGAGAACUGGAAUCAUCGAGCUGUCACUCAAGGUAUCAGUAGCUUGUUUAGUUCACUGAAGGUGGUUCGGCUGUUGCGUCUGGGCCGAGUGGCUCGCAAACUAGAUCACUACAUCGAGUACGGUGCGGCUGUUUUGGUUUUGCUGGUUUGCGUGUUUGGGCUGGCGGCCCACUGGCUGGCCUGCAUCUGGUACAGCAUUGGAGACUAUGAGGUUAUAGACGAGGAACAUAACAAAGUACGUCCGGAGAGCUGGCUUUAUAUGCUGGGUGAGACAAUUGGGACACCCUAUCGCUUCAACGUCAGUGGGACGGGAAGAUGGGAAGGUGGACCUACGAAAGAUUCAGUCUACAUCACAUCUCUGUACUUCACCAUGACCAGUCUGACUAGUAUUGGCUUUGGAAACAUCGCUCCAACCACAGAUGGGGAGAAGAUCUUCGCUGUGGCCAUGAUGAUGAUUGGAUCUCUCCUCUACGCCACCAUCUUCGGUAACGUGACAACUAUCUUCCAGCAGAUGUAUGCUAACACAAACCGCUAUCAUGAGAUGCUGAACAGCGUGCGGGACUUCCUCAAGCUGUACCAGGUGCCCAAAGGCCUGAGCGAGAGGGUUAUGGAUUACAUCGCCUCCACGUGGUCCAUGUCCCACGGUAUUGACACAGAAAAGGUUUUGCAGAUCUGUCCUAAAGACAUGCGUGCUGAUAUAUGUGUGCACCUGAACAGGAAGGUUUUCAAGGAACAUCCUGCUUUCCGUUUAGCCAGUGACGGCUGUUUGCGGGCUUUGGCCAUGGAGUUCCAGACUAUCCACUGCGCUCCAGGCGAUCUUAUCUACCAUGCGGGCGAGAGCGUGGACAGCCUCUGUUUUGUGGUGUCAGGGUCACUGGAGGUCAUCCAAGAUGACGAGGUGGUCGCCAUUCUGGGUAAAGGUGAUGUGUUUGGGGACGUGUUCUGGAAGGAGGUGACGCUAGCUCAGGCGUGUGCUAAUGUGAGAGCGCUAACAUACUGUGACCUGCAUGUGAUCAAACGGGAUGCGCUUCAGAAAGUCCUAGAGUUCUACACCGCCUUCUCCAACCACUUCUCGCGAAACCUCCUGCUUACGUACAACCUGCGCAAACGGCUUGUGUUUAGAAAGAUCAGCGACGUGAAGCGCGAGGAAGAGGAGAGGCUGAGGAGGAAGAACGAGGCCCCUCUGAAUCUCCCCCCUGACCAUCCUGUCCGCCGUCUGUUCCAGCGAUUCCGCCAGCAGAAGGAAGCCCGUCUCGCUGCUGUGCGUCCCAAUUCCGAAGACCCUGAUCUCGAGAAGGGCCAAAUCCACCACGAAGUCAUCAGCCAAGAUGUAGUCGCCACCACAAGCAUCGUCACGGUAACAGAAAGCCCGGCCACGCCUAUCCCGUCCCACCCGAGCAAAACCCGCACCCUGGGCCUGUUCGACCAGGCCAAGCUCAGCGCCCCUGUUCCAAAUGUCCCUCGAACAUCAGAGCCACGCGCACGAGGAUGGGCGAGGUUUAGGGAAAGCAUGGCGAAACCAGAAAGCUGGGGAAGCGUUUCUAAAGCGGAAUCAAUGGAGACUCUUCCAGAGCGGAGCAGCUCCGGAAAAACUUCGGAACCCAGCGGAUUGAAGAAAACUGAUUCUUGCGACAGUGGCAUUACUAAAAGCGACCUCCGGCUGGAUGAAGGUGGCGCCCGCACCCCUGUAGACCGAAGCCCGGUCCAGCCCGACGGAAAAGCUCCCCCGAUCCCACCAAUCCCCACUAUUCCUGAACACACACUUCACGCCUCGCUCCUGGAACUCCGUACAGAACUUAAAGAGGAGCUGUCGGCACUCAGUAACCGAAUGGUUGCAUUGGAGACACAAGUCACUGAGGUGUUGAGGUUGUUAAGGAGCAGAAAGACUCCGACCUCUCCCAUGUCGCUUUUCCAGAUCUCACGGCCGACAUCACCAGACACGGACAAGGAGGACAUAUUCCCUUGAAUAAAAAUGAGGUAAGCAUCUUUCUUCUUUAAAGGGAAAAGAUUGAAAGACUUUCUCUGAGAAAAAUGGAACCAGCAAAAAGCAUGACAGACACUUUGAGAGACUGAGUGUGUCUGAGAGAGAGAAUGAGUGAGGGAAAGGAUGAAAUAAGACACUGGAAAGGAGAAGAGGAUGUCUUAUCCCAAGGCAGAGCAUCUGCGAUACCAAAGUGAUGGCGUGUUAGUUGUCACACAGACACUCUUUGUGUGGAACUGCUCCCUGUUUUCAUUCUGCGAGGCUGACAGACAGUGAGAGCUCUUGCCGCAGGGCCCACUCUGACUGAUGGUUGUCAUGGCAAUGCAUCGUCCCCAAUUGCAAGUGCGGGCCCUUCAAGAUCCCACUCAUGUAGCAAGUCUUCCCCUCUCUCUUUCGCUUUCACACACACACACACACACACACCGCUGUUUCUGCUCUGCUGUCUUUCUGGUAUAGGGAUCCAUUCCGCUCCAUCCUGCUGGUUAACUCGCUGCCGAAUACAAGCCUUUAUCAGGAAUCACAGAGCUAAGCAUCUUAUGGUGUGGAGACAAAAGACUGAAGAAGCAAGGAGCAUUCCAGGAACUACGGAAACCCUAGGCAGCUUUGGUGAAUUACUUUAGACAAACGUGUUUGUACAAUAACAAAUCAACUACUAUCCCGAGAGUUAACUGUACACGUUGCUGGAGAAGCUAAUGAGCUCUACAGGGGUUUUGAAGUGUAACAGCUGUUAAGGCCCUUUUCCAUGACUUGCGUCAACAUCUCAACAGCAAUGGUAUUAUACAGUUUUAGGAAUGCACAAUAUAGCGGAACCAUAUCAGAUUUAUUGGGUAUCAGCCAAUAUUGAAUAUUUAAUUGUACAGUGCAUGC